UCUCUCUCUCCUCCCGUACUGUUUCCAAAGUUGACGGCGACAUUUUUGUAUCUUAUCUUUUUCCUUCCCAAAUCUCUCUCUCUCUCUCCCCUCUGUUUCCUCUGUGCUCUGUACUAUUGCUGAGACGAACCCCUCAACCAACCAAAAAAAAGCACGCUUCAACAAACCCUACAUACUCCCCCCCCCCCCACUGAAAACCCUAACACACACACUCUCUGUCUCUCUCUACUUUCUCCCUCCGCGUUACAUCCUUCAUUAUUCUCUUCUCCGAUUCACACUACACAAGCAGAUAUCUAGCUAUAAGCAUAUUAUAUAUAGAUUGUCUUAAGUACUGCAAUGGACGAUGAUAAGCACCGAGUCGAUCCGGGAAUUACCGAGUCGAACUGGACGACGACGUUCGGCCAGCUCGAUUCGGACAGCGCAUUCUUCUUCGGGAACGACAGGGAGAGCAGCGUGCUCGCCGAAUUCGGAUGGAAUUUCGGUCCUCCUCGUGCCCCGAGCGGUAGUACUGGAGAGACCUCCAGUAAUUACGCCGAGAUUAAUCCGAUCGGCGGCGCGGAGGAGACGCCGGGGGCGGCGGCGGCGGCCACGGCCGCGAUUCCUUCCGUGUCUUCCAGCUCGACGGAGGAUCUGCCGGAGAAGUCGACGGCGUCCGGUAGCAGCGACAAAGCGCAGCAGGAGACAUCGAGCAAAGUUAAAAAGAAGGGGCAAAAGCGGAUCCGACAGCCGCGUUUUGCAUUCAUGACUAAGAGCGAAGUUGAUCAUCUUGAAGAUGGCUAUCGAUGGCGCAAAUAUGGCCAGAAAGCAGUUAAAAACAGUCCAUUUCCCAGGAGCUACUACCGCUGUACAAACAGCAAAUGCACGGUGAAGAAGAGGGUCGAACGCUCUUCCGAAGAUCCCACCAUAGUAAUCACCACAUACGAAGGCCAGCAUUGUCACCACACCGUUGGAUUCCCCAGAGGAGGAGGAGGUGGUGUUGGACUGAUCACUGCUCACGAAGCUGCCGCCUUUGCAAGCCAGUUUGCAGCUCCUCCUCCUCCUCUGUCUCCUCCACCUUCGGCCUUCCAGUUUUACUAUCCGCGAGUCCCGUAUCCUCAACAAACUAGUCCUAGUAGCAUGCCGCAGUUGCACCCACAUCCUGCUCAUGAAGCGAGAGGCUCGUCUCGUUCGUUUCAAGAGGAGCCAGCUGAUAGCAAUCCUGAUCAGAUGCCCAUGGAUGAUGGACUUCUUGGUGACAUUGUGCAUCCAGGAAUGCGCAACCGGUGACAAGUAUGCACAACUACUUAACUUUUGACUUUUUAUUCAUAUCACGGUAUAUGCAUAUAUUUGACGUUUAUUGCGGAACAAAAAAAAUGCGAAAACACAAUAGCAGAAGUUAUAAUCAAGCGAACAACCAAAGAAAGCACGGCGAAAAUACGUACAUAAUUCGUCAAAAUUGUCUUCAUCUACUUCUCACAAUAUUAGUACGUACGGCUCUAUGAGAAUCGGAAAAAAUGACCCGAAGAUGAACUCAUUUCUUUUUGCUCUCUUCUAGAUUGGAAAAUGAGGAACAGGUUACAAAUAGGUAGAUAUUUACUGCUAGGGUUUGAAAUAUCCUUGGUAAUCCCAUUGGAAAUUGGACGUAAUUGUGGUAUUGAGUUCACUACAUUUGGACUUUACAAAUACAGCAUAUAUAGUUUUCUUGAUAAGAGCUAUUUAAUGGAAGGAUUAUUUAUUUGUAGAAACUAAUUUAUGGUUAAUUUCUUGUACAUUUAUUGAGAUCGAUAAAACUUAUAUUUCGCUGUAAAAAAAUAAUUACAACGCUGUCUUUUAUAUGCCGAAAAGUUAAAUAUCAUUUGAGUUCAAAUUGGAAUGAAUCCCAAUUUUUCUAUGUAUAAAGAGUGAUUGUCUUUUUGUAAUUGAAUAAGUUUGGUGUCAAUAAUGUGCUUUUGGGUAAAACUUGCGAUAAAACUUGUGAAGUAAAUUUUACAAGUAUUGACGCAACCAAACACAACUUAUAAUCUUUGUAUCAUUUU